AUGCUGUCCCCUCGUCGUCGACGGGGGACAACGACGACGAGGCGGCCGGCGAUCGACAGAGACUCGGAUGACGAAGGAGCAAGAGCUGAGAUCAGUUGCUCGGCCGCCCGAUCCGGCAGCAGCAGCGGCCGACUCGCCAUUUAUACUCUACUUUUAUACCAUCCAGCAGUGUGUGUUUCUUCUCGUCGACGUUGUCGCUGUCGCUGCAUUCCUCAUAAACAGGGAGGUUCAGUUCCGAGUACCCGUCAGAGUUGUGGAGAGUCGCGAGUUCGCAGUGAGUUUGGGCGCUAUGUGUCGCAGUCUUCGUCGCCGUCGUUGUCUCUACUGGUCCUGAAACCGACAGCCAUUAGUAGAAUGGAGUCCGCGUCGGCGACACUUCCCUGGUGCUUCGUUCUCGCUGCUGUCGUGGCUCGAUUCCCACACACGUCGGCGUCGGCGCAGGCAGCCAGAAGUCCUCCGAUCAUCUACGGGAACAUCGAGCCAGUUGUAGCCAUUUCAGGCGAAUCAGUUAAGCUUUAUUGUCCCGUCGGAGGCGAUCCAACACCAUUUUACGAAUGGUUCAAGAACGGCGAGGAGAUUUUGGGCGAUGAUGUGUACGCAGACGCGAGGAACAGGAUUCGAAUCAUGGGCCACGCUCUCAAGAUAAAAAGAACCCGGGCCGAGGACUCGGGCAUCUACGAGUGCCGUGCCAUCAACGGAUUUGGCACGGUCACGGUCGAGGUCGAGCUGUUUGUGCAGAAUAAAUCAGAAAUUCUUAGCAAUGACUACGUGUCGAACCGAGAACGAAUGUCAACUCCCAGGAUCGUGGAAAAGUCGGUUUCUGAGCAAAAUGACGGUGUAUUUCGACUGUCACCUGGAACGGAUUUCCGAUUGCGAUGCGUUGUUCUCGGAGAUCCACUGCCUACUGUUCGCUGGUUCAGGGUAAAAAUUCUUAGCAAUGACUACGUGUCGAACCGAGAACGAAUGUCAACUCCCAGGAUCGUGGAAAAGUCGGUUUCUGAGCAAAAUGACGGUGUAUUUCGACUGUCACCUGGGACGGAUUUCCGAUUGCGAUGCGUUGUUCUCGGAGAUCCACUGCCUACUGUUCGCUGGUUCAGGGAAGGAAUGGAACUGAAGACCGGUGGUUGGAGGGACAAAUCAAAUUCGCGAUGGUCCCAUAUUUUCCAACCUCUGCGAACGUCGGAUUCGGGCGAAUAUUCGUGCAGAGCAUCGAGCAAAUCCGGGCAAGCUGCGGCAAAUUUCACCGUCAUUCUCGACGAACUCUUUUUGAUUUGCCAUUUAUUUUCAGCAGAGAAAAUCGCUGGCAAAUCGCAGACUUCUUCCCCGGUUCACGCUCUGGUGACGAGCAGCGAGUUUGUGAAUCAAUCAGCGAUCAUGGGAACAAACGUCGCCCUUUCUUGCGAAGUCAAAUCCGAUUCCAGGCUGCUGCUUCACUGGGUAAAGCGAGUGGAGGAAUCUGCGGAAGAUCGCGGAGCUGCGGACGCAGACUUGAUCGUAUUCGAGGGGCAUUCCUACAGGGAUGUGAACGGGUCUUCGGUCAUGGGAUCCACGGAUCCGAGCAGUGGCCGACCUCGGCUCGAGGUCACGUUGGAAUCCGUGCGACGCGACACAGCCGGUGUGUACGUUUGUCUGGCCACCAACGACGUCGGCGGUCGAUUUCAAGUCAAGAGCGUGCAUCUCAUCGUCAGCGAAACUGCACCACCGCGUGAGUUUUCCUUAAUAUUCCCACUUUAUCCCCUGUCUCGAAAUUCUCUGGAU